AUUUUGUUGUUGCAGAACUGCCACCUCCUUAUAUGAAUUCGCAUUGUUACAGACUUUUUCAGACGUUAAUUUCUUUAAUCUUUUGAAGUUUCUUAAAAAUGACAGAACGCUUCGGUUUAAUAUUGAUAACAGGCCCACCAGGAGUUGGAAAGACAACUUUAGUUCGUAAAAUUUGCGAGGAUCUCGGCAAUAAACAUAAAAUCGUGUGUAAUGGUUUCUAUACAGAAGAAGUGCGAAAUCCAAACAGCAGGGAACGCAUUGGAUUUGAUGUCGUUACAUUUAAUGAAAAGAGGGGCCCACUAGCCAGGUCUGACCAUGCGAAUAAGAUAGGACCGUUUGUCGGCAAAUACCAAGUAUAUGUUAAAGAUUUUGAAGAACUAGCUUUGCCAUUACUAUAUACAAGUACUGGAAGAGAUUUGCUAGUCAUUGAUGAGGUGGGAAAAAUGGAGUUAAAAAGUAAAAAGUUUGAAAUGGCUGUACAAAACUGUAUAAUGAAGACAUUUUUGUUGGCAACAGUUCCAUAUGAAUUAAGACAACCUAUACCUCUGAUAGACAAACUAAAAAAUCACCCAAAAGCGGAAAUCUUUGUUGUUACAAAGGGGAAUAGAAAUUGUUUACAGGACGAAAUUGUAAAUAAAAUUUUUAAAUUAAUAAAUAAAUAACAGCAUAAAAAAUAGAAUAAUCUCUGCGGCA